UUGGAGGAAAGGUGACAUCAAUUUGAAGGUAUAUACAGUAGAUUUAUUAUCUUUCUAUCUCUGAUUUGAUUCCAAUAAAACAAAAUUCCGUCACCAAAGUAAUAACUCGUGUUUUGGGAAGCCUGUUCAUUCGUCUCUCUUGCUGAGCAUUAAAUGAGUAGAUUGACCCCACUCACACAUCUGAUGGGUAAAUAAGUCUACUGUCAGGCUUAGAUUUGUAUAACUUCCAGAAGCAGGUGGAAAACAUAGACCGUAUAUAAAGAGGGUCGACAUAACUGCUCCCCAAAAAGGAAGCCAAAGUCCCUCGUGGCUGCAGCAUAGGGCAUAAAUCUCCUCCACAGAGGGGACAUGGACCAAAAUAAAAAGUAAAAGUACAUGUGAAAUAAUUUUUUUUCUCACAGAUGGUUACUGUCAUUGUAGGUAGUUCUUAUCACACUGAUGUUUGUUCAAGUGCUCAUUCUUCUGGUAAGUUUGGUAAUUAGUUAUUUGAUGCUAUUAGAAUUAAAGUGAAACGUCACAAUUGACAGCGGCACAGGAAAAAGUCUGUUGUUGUUUUACUGCCUGGUUAAUGUGGGGUUUAUACGAUUUCAGGGAUGGGAAUAAAUAGUCAGGUUACUAAACUACUUGAAAUCCCUGCUCCAGCGAAAAAGAAACGUUUGUUUUACGAGGUUUUUGACUUAUUAGUUUGGUCCAUGUCAGACCCACUAACAUGGAGGAGGUGGAGUUUAUGACUUGUACUGCAGCCGGCCACCAGGUGACGAUAGAGACCCUUAGGAUUUACUUUGGGGCGCCGUCAUGUCGUCUGUCAGUACUUAGCGGACACUCUAGUGUUGGACUAAGGACAGACUGGAUCCUCCAUGGACUCGACAGUUCCAUUGUGCUAUAAUGAGACGGGGCUAGCUGGUUAGCAUGCUAACAUCAACGGAAGAACACAGGUGAUGCAAGAGUCAACAUGGUCGUUGUUCCCCUCCAGGGACCCGCCAUGUCUGAGUAGAGGGAGGAAGUUUGAUGCUGUUCAACUGAGAGCCAAUCAUCUGCAGUCCCAGAAAUUCCCCAACAUUACAGGAUCAGUGUUCCAAUCGGCACAGACAUGCUGCCAAAGGAGGACUGGAUCCAGACAAAUGAACUCAUUAAAAGUCUGAAGUCGCAUGAUGUCUUUGCGGAUGACGUGGAGCUGCAGCACAGAGAGACGGUUGUGAAAAGACUGAAUUCCCUCUUUAAGGAGUGGCUCCAAGACAUGUGUAUAGAAAUGAACGUACCUGAAAAUGUCACUGACAACGUCGGAUACAGGCUGCUGCCGUUCGGUUCCUAUGGCUUGGGAGCUUUCUCCAAAGGUGCUGAUAUUGAUGCUCUUUGUGUUGGGCCUGUAUUUCUGGACAGAACGGUCUUCUUCACCUCCUUCUUUGAGAAGAUCAAAGCCCAGGAGGAGGCCAAAGACAUACAGGCCAUCGGAAAAGCAUUUGUGCCGGUCAUCAAUUUGACAUUUGAUGGAAUUGAGGUUGAUUUAGUCUAUGCCCAGAUGCCACGGAGGUCUCUCAGUGACACACUCAACCUUCUUGACGACAUGUGGUUAAAGGAUAUGGAUAAAGCCUCCGCCAGGAGUCUCAAUGGUUACAGAGUCACAGAGGAAAUCCUCCGUCUUGUGCCGAACGUCUCAAACUUCAGGCUCGCUCUGAUAGCCAUCAAGCUGUGGGCCAAAAGACGCAACAUUUACUCUAGCAAGCUGGGCUUCUUGGGUGGGGUAUCCUGGGCCAUUCUGGUAGCCAGAAUUUGCCAGUUUAAUCCAAACAUGACAGCAUCCAGCCUGGUGAUGAAGUUCUUCAGGGUCUACUCCAUGUGGGAGUGGCCUAUCCCUAUUCGUCUGAGGGUAGUGCAGGACCUCAACUACAACCUUCCUUUCUGGGAUUCCAUGUGUAACAGACGUGAUCAUUACCACUUGAUGCCGAUCCUCACGCCGGCAUACCCCCAGCAGAACACAGCGUUCAAUGUGUCUCUCUCCUCGCUGGCCAUCCUGGUCGAAGAGUUCAAUCGGGGCCACACUAUCGUCCAGGAAAUACAGCAGCACAAAGCCGACUGGUUCAAACUCUUUGAAACACCACAUUUUAUGGACAAGUACUGGGAUUACCUUCAGGUGGAAGCAACUUCUGCUACAGAGGAGCAGCAUCUUGAUUGGGUCGGCCUGGUGGAGUCCAGGAUCAGACACCUGGUGGGAGCUCUCUGGAAACAUCAGUGCAUUACCUUGGCUCAUGUGAAUGUGCAGCCCUACUCUCCACCCGAGGAGGCUCUGAGCACAAAGUGGGUGAUUGGAUUUACCCUGACAGACGAGUACAAGAAGAUGAGGAACAAGAACGAUAUCGACCUGACCUGUGAAGUCCGCAACUUUACUGAUGCUGUCUACAACCUGGCAAAGACCAGUGGUGUGUUUCAGAAGGGAAUGGUCGUUUCAGUCAACUAUGAAAAGAGGGAGGCUGUUGCCAACAGUGCCAAUGUGCCGCCCUGCCACACAGCUGACAAGGAAUCCUCUGUAACAUCCAGACCCAGCAAAGCCCCUCCAGCCUCCACAGCUCCACAGGCCACAAAGAGACCUCGUUCUCCCUCACCUGGAACUUCAAGCAAGAAGUUCAGGCCUGAGGAGAAACAGGCUCAAGGGUUGAAACCCACCUGCACCAAAACCUCCACCACAGGUGACUUGACCACUAAGAGAAUUGUGAGACUGGUUAGCAGACCUGGCUUUUCAGCUCCCACAGCUCCACAGGCCACAAAGAGACCUCGUUCUCCCUCACCAGGAACUUCAAGCAAGAAGUUCAGGCCUGAGGAGAAACAGGCUCAAGGGUUGAAACCCACCUGCACCAAAACCUCCACCACAGGUGACUUGAACACUAAGAGAAUUGUGAGAGUGGUUAGCAGACCUGGCUUUUCAGCUCCCACAGCUCCACAGGCCACAAAGAGACCUCGUUCUCCCUCACCAGGAACUUCAAGUAAGAAGUUCAGGCCUGAGGAGAAACAGGCUCAAGGGUUGGAACCCACCUGCACCAAAAACACCACCACAGGUGACUUGACCACUAAGAGAAUUGUGAGACUGGUUAGCAGACCUGGCUUUUCAGCUCCCACAGCUCGACAGGCCACAAAGAGACCUCGUUCUCCCUCAGCUGAACCUUCGUCUAAGAAGUUCAAGCCUGAGGAGAAAGGCGUAAAAGAGGCGAAGACCACCUCCCUUGGAAAGUCCCCUGCAGGUAUCUCGCCCGGUGAGACACCAUCCAGGACUGUGAGCCCGCCAAGCGAGGACGGAGCUGGCACUCCUGAUAUCGAGAGCCCGGCCAAGACAUCGAAUAUCAAUCUGACUCCACCUCCUGACGAGCUGUCCGACCUGCCUAACGAACUCUCGCGGCCGUGAAAAUGUCAUCAUGUGAAAUCUCAUCAGGCAUCACUGAACAUGCCUGUCAGAAAAGAAAUCCCGGCCACGAAUGCAUCUUGCACAUUUGGAGCCAGAGUCUGUGCAGUAGCAUGGAGCUGCAGUAGCAAGCUCCCAGCGAUACGUGCGCUCCACCAAUCACGAGUAAAUCUCAUCUGUCAUUCAUGAUGUUUCAUACUGUUUUUAUAGCAUCAAAUUUGCUUUUGUAUACUUUGUAACUUGUCUUAAAAUAAAAUUAUAAACACGA